UUUACUUCUAGGUAGUGAAUGUCAAACAAAUUUCCAAAAUGAAGAGUAUAGCUUUUUAUCAUGCCAAUGCUGUGGUUUCUUAAGCAGAAUUCAAAUGGCCAUUUUCAUAUUGUCUUUUCUUCAGUUAGUUGAAUACAGCAUUUGUUUAUAAUAGUUCUCAAACUUGUGAUCUUUGAAACUAAAGCUGAAAUCUAUUUACUUUCUUGUGAUCAUGAAGUACCACUUGCUUUGUAGAAUAUAGUAGUUUAUUUGCAAAAUAAUAAUUCUAUGUUUAACCAAAUUAAUUCACCCAAUUCGAACCUAUUUGAAACGCUCUUUGUAACUUAAAAAGUAUUUACCUCUUUCUUACUUCUUUAAUAGUUCAUCUAAAAACUGUUCGACAGAAAAUACAUUCCAUCAUGUUAAAUAGUUAAAUGGAAAGUGAUACCAUGCUUUUCUUGCCUCCCUUUUAGGGUUACAUUUAUAAAUCCAUAAGAAGGUUCAAAAAUUGGGGAUUUUUAUUAUUGUCUCUUCAACACUGAAUUCUUUCAUUUGUUUGUUACCUUCAUCUGUCCCCUUUUUAUCUGUGCUAGAACAGAAGUUUUAUAGAUGGGAAGGCCUCCUUGUUGCAGUGAUAAGAUGCAUAAUAGAAGAUGUAAUUGGACGGAAGAGGAUGCAAAUACAUCUACAUUUGUCUCCAAACAUGGAAUUGGUAAUUGGACGGCCAUGUCCAAGAAAUCAGGAACUGGGAAAUGUGGGAGGGGUCAGAAGAAUAGGUGGAGUAAUCGUCUGAAGACUGAUCUUAAGGAGGACAGCUUCACACCCCAAGAAGAGGAACUGAUCAUUAAGCUUCAUGCCACUAUAGGAAGCAGGUGGUCUAUAAUAGCACAACAAAUACCUGGAAGAACAGACAACGAAGUGAAGAGCUUGUGGAACACAAAGUUGAAAAAGAAACUGUCUGCAAUGGGGAUUGAUCCAGUCACUCACAAGCCCUUUUCUCAAAUUCUCACUGACUAUGGAAACAUUGGUGGCUUUCCAAAAGCCAGAACUCGGUUCGUAUCUCUUAACAGAGAGUUAAAGGGUGCAUUUAUGUCUACACCAGAACAACUACAACAUCCUCUAGAAAGAUUUCCAAACUUCAACAGCCAUUGUGUGACAACAAUUAGGCUACAAAAAACUGAAACCUCAGAAGAUUGUUUCUUAAGCAACAAUUACGAUUGUAGCAACAAUCAGCCUCCUGUUGAUCUACUUUCUGAGUUACAAGCUAUACAAUUUGUAACAGAGGCAUCUAAUAACAAUUCCCCAAAGGCGAUCUUCUCCUAUACCAACCCCAUAACUGAUUGCUCUUUGUCUUCGCCUUUGUCGUCGUCCUCAUCAUCAUCUGCAUCUCAUUCUUUAACCAAAAAUCAUGUCAACUGGUGUGACUAUCUUCUUGAUGAUGCCUUUCAAGAAGACACAUUGAACAUAGAAGAAAAGCUAGUGUCUGGGGCAGCUCAAGAAUAUCGACAAAACAAUGCGCCAACAAUGGAGGAUUUUGAAGCCACAUUGUCUAUAAAGGUUACAUCACCAUCAUCAUCAUCAUCAUUUGUUGAAGCCAUGCUAGAAUGCGAAAACGAAAUGUUCUUGAACUUCCCUGGCCUCUCCGAAGAUCCCUUUUACUAGUGACAAUGCUCUAAUUGAAGAACAAGAAUUAGACUUCAGAUACUUCGUUUUAUGUCCUAAUAGCAUAGUUACUUAAAUUCUCCUUUAGAUCUUCCAAAACAAAAAAGGUCUAAAAUAAUAUAUGAUCUGGUGUUGUAUUUAUUUUCUACCAAUUUGGGAGUUGGGACUGCCGGACUGGCCAAGCUUUCGCAUCAAUACAUAAUUGAAAUACGCUAGCCUAAUAAGUGAACAAGAAACCGAAUUGGCUUAAAAGUCCUGGCACGCAUGGUAAUUGGUAAUACAUUUUUAGUUUCAAAUUGUA